AUGAGCCAAAUACAUCUCGCAGUGAAUUCCAAACAGAUCUGCGGCAAUUAUCACUAUCUCACGGAGACUAGACAGGCCACCUUAAGAAAAAGAAAACAACCUAAUGAUGAUCUGUCCCAAAAGUUUGAUAAAUUUGAAAAUAAAAUAAUAUCAAUUCUGUCUACAAUGUCCCAAGUUCAAUCUGAUAAAUUAGAUAAAAUCCCUCAGGAGUUAUCGCUAGUAACAAAUCAGAUUACUCAACUUAGAUCUACUACUACUCAAUUAGUUAAGGAACAGAAUAGACUAAUCAAGAACUAG